CUAUCUGCUCCAUCAUCUCCAUCUUUUUGCUUUCUGAUUCAAAAGUGAGAUCAUUGACAAAUUUUCAUACUCUACCUACUACAGUAUUUUUAUUAAACAACCACUCUUCUUGCUUGUUCCAUUACCAAAACAACAAUAAUGUUUAUUAGUAGUAUAUAAGUCCACCCUACAAAUCCUCACUAUAUAAGUUCUACUCCAUCUUCCUAUUCUCAACACAACCAAGCAAAUAGCCACUUUUGUUCAUGUUUUCUUCUUUCUUGCAAAAAUGGAGAAAAGUGAGUCAACCAAAAUUGAUGUUGAGGAAACCAACAAAGAAAGGAAAGGAAAAGCCCCACUUUUGGGAACUGCAGCUCCUGUUGUUGCUGCAGCUGCUACUGCUAAACUUGCAAAAGGAGGUGCUAAAAGAGGCAUUGCAAUUUUUGACCUCAUUUUGAGAAUAGCCGCUAUUGCUUCUGCAAUAGGUGCUGCUGUUGCUAUGGCAACUACUGAAGAAACUCUUCCUUUCUUCACUCAGUUCUUUCAGUUCGAAGCUAACUAUGAUGACCUUCCAACUUUCACGUUUUUUGUGAUAGCUAUGGCAUUAGUUGUUGCCUAUCUCGUCCUCUCUGUACCUUUCUCUAUAGUGUGCAUUGUACGACCCCAUGCAGUUGUACCCCGGCUGCUCCUCAUUAUAUUUGACACGGUGUUCAUUGCAUUGGCGACUGGUGCAGCAGGGUCAACAGCAGCCAUAGUGUUCUUGGCUCACAAUGGAAAUGAAGAUGCAAACUGGCUAGCAAUUUGCCAACAAUUUGGUGAUUUCUGCGAAAGGACCAGUGGAGCUGUGGUGGCCGCCUUUAUCACGGUGGUGAUCUUGAUCAUCACGGUGGUUCUGUCUGCUUUCGCUCUUCGAAGACACUAAGAACAAGUUCGUUUUUAUGGAAAAAGUAUUUGCUAUUGUUUGCGACAUCUUCAUUCACUCAUCUCGUUGUUUCAGAAUUGCUCAAAAUGAUGAAAAGUACUUGUAAUCUUUGUAUAUUGGAUAAAAAGUGUUAUUGGAUCUUAUUGUUGAUGUAUUUCUUUUGUUAAGGUUUGUACUUUGUGUGUCUGUCUUUAGAUUCUCAUUAAGAAGGGUGAAGUUUGUGGAGUCUGGUAAAUCCCAUUGGUAAUUCAGAGGAUCUGUAUUGCAAAUGCUGUAAUUAUCAUAAUUUAACUUUAUGGUA